UCCUGUCUAGCAUAUACAUAAAGUUAUUACUUAGUAUUCUAUAUUAAUUUAUUAAUGUUUAUGGUACAUAUGUUACACACAUAUGAAGGCUUGAAAAGUGUACCAAACAGGUUCCUACCACCUCAUUCACCUCUUGUCCAGAAAUCUCCAUUCUCUCCAUUCUCAUAGCUGCUUCUUCUCACUGUCUCUCUUUCUUUCUCUCUACCUCAUACUGGAGUACCCUCCUCAAGUUCAUCAUAUUCAGAUCAAAUAAAUUUUUCUUUUACCAUCUGAAUACCCAUCAUCAUCAUCCUCAUUAAUCAUGGCUAUUUUGGUUUAUUUUGUGCUUUUUCUUUCCCUGACUGGCCAUUCAAGUGCUCUUUACUGUAUAUGUAAAGAUGGUGUGGGUGAUCAAGGUCUUCAGAAAGCAAUAGAUUAUGCUUGUGGUGCUGGAGCUGACUGUACCCCUAUUCUCCAAAAUGGACCUUGUUACCAACCCAACACUGUGAAGGAUCACUGCAACUAUGCUGUUAAUAGCUAUUUCCAGAGAAAGGGUCAAGUUCAGGGAAGCUGUGAUUUUAAUGGUGCUGCCAGCCCCAGUCAAACUGCACCUGCUUCGACAUCUACAUGUGUUUUCCCCACAAGUCCUGGCAAUGCAGGUACACCAGGCACCACAACCCCAACAACAGGUACACCAGGCACCACUACCCCAACAACUGGUAUACCAGGCACAUCACCUUCCACUAUAAACCCAACUACUCCUUCAAGUACAACACCAAGCACAAUCCCUGGCACUGGGACAGGGACAGGCACAGGCACAGGAACAGGAACAACCACAGGAAGUCCUAAUGUGUUUGGAAUGAGUCCAACAUCUUCAACUGGAACAGGCUUCAAUGACUCUAGCAAUGGAAUGGUUCAUUUGAAAGGCACUCAUGUGUUACUAUUAUUAUCCCUUGUUCUUACCUUCUGGUUAGUGUUGAGCGUCUAAUGGUACAGUGCUAGUAAAAACUUGUGGCGGUUUGAUGUGUGGAUGAGAUUUUGCCAACACAUGAUGGGUAUUCACGUAAUUUCAUCACAGAGAAUCAUCCAGAAGCAAACCCCACUUUGUGGCCUUAAAUGUUUUUUUUUUUUGUUUCUUUUGGUUUUGUUCCUCCUAAGUCCUAUGCACACUUGGGAAUAUGGUUCCUUUUUCAGUGGCGAAUAUAUUUGAUAUGACUAGUAAUGGGGGUAGAAUCUUAUCGGUUUCCAUUUGUAUAUUAUUAUCUAUUAUCUAUGAUUAUGAGAGGCACUAUUUUUUAAUUUAAUUGAGCCUUGCA